GGCCCCAUGGAGUGUCAUCUGGUUUGGCGACUUAGGCCUCUCUGCCUUUUCGCUUCUUCUCAGAGAGAGAGAGAGAGAGAGAGGAAGAGUGUCUGUCUGUGACGGGAGAGAUGGGGAAUGGAGAUUGAUGUGAAGGUUCCCCUUUGUGGGUGCUUUCCCGACAUGCUUUAAAUAGUCCCAAAUCUCAUUUGCUAUGAGUUUCUUUGGCUGUUGGAUUGAAUUCUUGUCGGAGUCCUUCCAGUGAAUUAGCUGUGAAGGUGGUGGGGCGUUUUUCUGUUUUUUGUUGUUUCUCUUUGGUUUGUGGAGAGAGCGAUGGAAGGUCGAUCGAUUACGAUGGAGUUCGAGAUCCGCCGGAGAGAAAUCGGGUUCUCGCGGCCAAGGCUCUUCGCUCAGCGGGUCGGCGGUUUGGAGUUUUAUGGAGCUGUUGGUUCCGGAUUCUUCUAACUUUGGUGUAUGCAUAAAUUAACCUAAGAAAAAGGUUCGGUUGCACAUGGAGCUUCGUUUGUGCAUUUGCAUUUUUGUAUAUUGCGUAAUGCUGUGGGCUUCCAUGUUCCAGCUGAUCGAAUUGGAUCUUAUUAAGCGGAUGGAUCUCUAUGUAAAGUUAUCUGCUCAUGAUGGUUGUGUAAAUACUGUGCAUUUCAAUCCUACUGGAGAUCUUCUUGUUUCAGGUUCUGAUGACAAGCAGAUUAUAUUUUGGAACUGGGCACAGAAGAUGAAAAAGUUUUCAUAUUAUUCUGGGCAUGAAGAUAAUGUCUUUCAAGCUCGUGUCAUGCCUUUCACCAAUAAUUGUAGCGUAAUAACAUCUGCUGCUGAUGGGCAGGUUAGAUUUGGGCAGAUUAUGGAGAAUGGGAGAGUUGAGACAAAACAAUUAGGCGAGCAUGAUGGUCGUGUGCACAAGCUUGCGAUAGAACCAGGAAGUCCGUACAUAUUUUACAGCUGCGGGGAAGAUGGUGUAGUACAACGUUUUGAUCUUCGAUGCCCUCCUGCCACCAAGCUUUUUACUUGCUCUUUGUUAACAGAGAAUGGACAUUCCAACAGGAACAUACAGUUAAAUGCAAUUGUUAUUGACCCUCACAAUCCAAACCAUUUCACAGUAGCUGGCUUUGAUGAAUAUGCCCGUGUCUAUGACGUAAGGAACUAUCAAUGUGAUGCAUCAAGCAAUAGAGAUCGACCAUUAGACACAUUUUCACCAAAUCACCUGAUUGGUAAUGAUAAUGUUCACAUCACAGGGCUAGCAUAUUCUAACAUGAGUGAGUUACUUGUCUCCUAUAAUGAUGAGCUCGUCUACCUGUUCCAAAAGGAUAUGGGAAUGGGGCCAAACCCAAAGUCAAUCCCGGCUGAGAAGUUGCAGGAACUGGACCAUCCACAGGCUUACAUAGGUCACCGAAAUUCGCAAACUGUUAAAGGUGUGAGUUUCUUCGGCCCUAAUGAUGAGUAUGUCAUUAGUGGUUCAGACUGCGGUCAUAUAUUCAUGUGGAGGAAGAAAGGAGGUGAACUACUUCGCAUAAUGCUUGGUGACAUGCAUAUUGUGAAUUGCCUUGAGCCUCACCCUUGCAUGACUGUUCUUGCAACCAGUGGAAUAGAGAAGAAUGUCAAGCUCUGGUCACCAAUUGCUAGGGAUAUCAUUCCAUUGCCUGACAAUGUGAAAGAGAUUAUGGAAUCAAACAGACAAGGCAGAGAAGAUCGUUCACGCAUAACACUAACUCCUGAUGUAAUUAUGCGUGUGCUAAGGCUGCAGAGAAGACAGACAUUUGCAUACAUUGAAAGGAGAUAUUCAAGAGCAGAUUUUGAUUUUGAUGAGGAUGAUGACGGGGAGGCUUAUGUCUUAGGAAUUUCUGAUAGUGAUGCAGCAUCUGAUGAAGAUCCUUCUUCAAAUCCUAGAGAGUGCAACAUUACCUAGACGUGGGAACAAACAGGGUUCUUAAGUUGCAGCACCUUCAUCUGUACAGUAUGUGUGUGAGAAGCAUUAUACCACGAGAAGGUUCAGAUAGAUCCUGUCUUACUCCAGUUGAUGAGUUAAAUUUUACCCAUUGGCUACUUAAGAAACAAGAGUUUUGCUAUUGAAGUCAUUAAAAAAGUUGACUUUCCUCUCAACAUCCAGAUGCUUCCGGUAUAUUUGGUAGUCUUAAGUCCAGGGUUGAGACAUACUUUAUUCAAUCCUUUCUCGUUAGUCCUGCCAUUCAAUUCUCAUCGAGUUCAAUCUAUCUGUAGACCUUAAUUUUCAUUUCGUAAGGUCUGUAAAUUCAUUACAAGUUUAUGUAGGAGAGGUACAGGGGUCUUUCUCUCAAGAUUUAGUCUCUAAUCGCGUAGAUGUACUUGUCUCCCUGUUUAUGAAGCAAAAUUGUAAACUGUUUUGUAAAUAAACCGUUCAGUGUAUAUUUUUUUAUGGAUUUGAAGGGGUUGGAUUCC